UCGAAGUAAUGUCGCCCAGUCAGAUUUUUUUGAUCUCCGUUUUGCUUGGAGUUGCACUAAAUACUUUUCAAGUAUUUGGCCAAACCACUAUUGAUUGCCAAAGACCGCCGCAACUUGUGGAUCCUGCACUUUGUUGCAGAGACGGAGGACGUGACCAGAUGUCAGAGCAAUGCGCCCAGAGAAUUCUAGGAGCUGCAAGUGGUCAAAAACAAGGGGGACCUCCAUCUCUAGACACUGCAGCUUGUCUGGCUGAGUGCAUCCUAACAUCUUCUAAGUAUAUUGAGGAACCACAAAAACUGAACUUGGCCAACAUACGCAGCGAUCUCUCGGCUAAAUUCUCCAACGAUACUUUAUAUGUGGAAGCAAUGACGAUGGCUUAUUCCAAAUGUGAACCACAAUCCCAGCGAAGAUUGGCUAUGUUCCUUCAGCAACAGCAGCAGCAAACCCAGCAGCAACCACAAAGAUGCAGUCCGUUUUCCGCCAUCGUUCUGGGAUGCACCUAUAUGGAAUACUUCAAGAACUGUCCGGAUCAUCGGUGGACUCAGAAUGCCCAGUGUGCUCUUGCCAAAGCAUAUGUUACGCAGUGCGGUUUGGGUGCUUAACCUUCCGAUUCGUUUGAGACAGAGAUUGUAUAUACAAAUUAGUAAAUAAAUAAUAAUCAAGUA